AUGUCUUCGUCCUUCUCGUCGCAGCCCCGUCCCCUGCCCAUGUCUGGCUUUUCGCAACCCUUCAGGCCCCCGACCAGCGAAGGUCGCAACGGCACCACCACCUCAGCCUCAUCCAACAACCUGACCAAAUGGCAAGGCACAUCCAACAUCUGGAGCACCAACUUCAACUCGCCCUCCUCGGCUGCCCUUCCGUCCACCGGCCCCAGAAAUAGCCUCAGUUUUGGCACCCACAACGGAAAGCUUAGCGGAAAGGACACAAUCGAGGGCAGAGGCGGUUCUAGCCAGCUGAUCGAUUCUUCCAUCAACGACGACUACAGCACAUUUCGCUCGGCCUCUUUCGGAAAGCGCGACGAUGCGAUUCGUCUCGGAGGCCCGUUGCCCAAGCCCAACGACGCCGCCUUUCCUCAGCACCGUAGCAACAGCAACUCGGGUUUGCCUCAAGCUUACGCCGGAGCUGCUCGCAGCUCCAUGUCUCUCUCUGCUUCUUCCAGACCAGCCACUAGCGGCAUCAGCUCAACCACCUCCAUGGCCCCGAAGACGCAAUUCAGUGGCACUUUUGACUCGCCUUUGUCCUACUCGACCGAUGCUCCUCCUGUCUACACCAAAUUUGAUCGAACAAACAAGCCCGCGGCCACUAGGCCAACAGACUCGGCUUACGGCGAGUGGAUGGAUGGUGGCAGCAUAAACCAGUCUCCCGUUGAUGAGAGAAGACGCCCCUCCGCCACGGGCUUCUUCCAUGCACUUCCCAGCGCUCCCCCGUCGCGCAAUCACAGUCUACCACCUUCGCGACAUAGCGACAUUCAACCCGCUUGGCCCACUACUACAAAAUCCGACCAGUUCGCUUCCUCUCAGCCUUCCACAAAUGCUUUCCGCGUCAACAGCUUCUCUUCCACUUCCAGGCCCAACGGUAGCUUUGGCGCGGCCGAUGCUCAAGCGGCUCCUUUGGCCCAGUUCUCGCAAAUGAAUCUGCAAGACGACCCUCACAGCUUCGCUCUCUCGAGGCCUUCCUUCUCUGUGCCUAGUUAUGCCAAUCAGUCUGGGUCCGAUACUCGCAAUUCUCCGACCGAUCAGUACGAUGAUGUCGAGCAGAUAUCUCGUGUGCCUCCUACCUUUGCCUCCGACGCUUACUCUGCCGCGGCCCAGCCACAAGUCGACUAUACGGCAUACCGCGUGUCACAAUAUCCCGAACGCUCCCUCAUGAACAGUAACAUGUACAAUCCCAGAAACACAAAUGCCAAUACUCCAGCCUUCGUCCACCAAAGAUACCAACAGCAAUCAGCCCAGGAAUUAGAUCCCCGGUACAUGCUGAACUUGCCUUACUCACCUGUGCCCGGUGGAUACUACUCGUACCAUCUUUCCAAUGGUUCUGCCAUCCACAAUAUUCCUGCUGUAUACCCUCCUAUGCAUGCGCAGAUGUCGAUCAGUGGGGUAUCAUCCAUGCCUUCUUCGAGAGGUCCCAGGGAGCUUGAACCCGGUCACAGUCUGCGCAGUGCUCUUCUGGAAGAUUUCAAGCAGAACCACAAGACUAGACGUUACGAGCUCAAGGACAUCUUCGACCAUGUAGUAGAAUUCAGCGGUGAUCAACAUGGAUCACGCUUCAUCCAACAGAAGUUAGAGACAGCCAACAGUGACGAGAAAGAACGUCUCUUCCGAGAAAUACAGCCAAACGCCAUCCAACUGAUGACUGAUGUUUUUGGAAACUAUGUCAUUCAGAAGUUCUUUGAACACGGCGACCAAAACCAGAAGAAGAUAUUGGCCAACAAGAUGAAGGGGCGUGUUCUGGAAUUGUCGCUACAAAUGUAUGGAUGUCGUGUCGUACAAAAGGCUCUCGAGCACAUACUCAACGACCAACAAGCGUCAGUUGUUCGCGAACUUGAAAAGGAUGUAUUGAGAUGUGUCAAGGACCAGAACGGAAAUCAUGUCAUCCAGAAGGCCAUUGAGCGCUGCAGCGAGGACGACAUAUCUUUCAUCUUCCAGGCUUUCACUGGUCAGAUUCAGCAUCUAAGCGUUCAUACAUACGGCUGCCGGGUCAUCCAGAGAUGCCUCGAGAACUGCGAGGAUAUGACCCGGAAGACUAUUCUUGCAGAGCUGCACGAUUGCAUGUCCACCUUGAUUGGCGACUCGUUCGGCAACUACGUGGCACAACAUGUUGUCGAGUACGGCUUCUCACCUGAUCGGCAAAGAGUUCUUGAGCUUGUGUUGAAGGGCCUAGAAGGCUACAGCAAGCACAAGUUCGCAAGCAAUGUUGUAGAGAAGUGUCUCACUCACUCUGGAGAAACCUGGAAGCAAGACGUCAUCGGCGUGAUUGUGCGCAACAACAACCGCGAAGGAGAAAGCAUGCUGCUCGGUCUCAUCAGAGACAAUUACGGAAACUAUGUGAUUCAGAAGCUCUUGGAUCUUCUCAGCCAGCAGGAUUUCGACCACUUCAUCGACGUUCUCCAACCAGAACUUGCGAAGGCCAAGCGAACAGGAUGUGGCAAACAAGUCACCGCCAUCGAAAAGCGCAUGCAGAUACCGUAUGAUCAGGGUCUCCUCACCCAACCGGCCGUCUUUGGGAGCCGAACCAUCUCGCAGAACACGACACCCCCACCUCCUCCGCUGACUGCGGACCAGCGUAGCCUUCAGAACAGCUCCGUUGGCAGUGUCAGCGGAGACGCUCUUGAAGGUGCCACGAGCAGCCGCAAAGGCUCUGUUGAGCAUGUAGUGCCUACCGUUUUGGAAGCCUAG